CUCACGCCGGAAGUCUCUUUCUCACGCCUGACGCAGAGGCUGCAGGCCGUGAAGUGAAACUUCGUGUUUCACUUUCUUCAAACCUCCGGGACCGAGCGGCUCGUUCUUCUCUUUGUCCGAGCGACCUUUAACGGAAAAGCCCCGUCUUUCAGCUCCGUGAUGUCCGGUCACGGUCACGGUCACGGACACGGCUGCGUGUGCGAAGCGGAGCAUGAGCCCGCGGAGCGGGGCCUGGAGUACGGACUGUACCGGCGGAUCGACGUGGAGAAGCUGCAGUGUCUGAACGAGAGCAGGGACGGAGACGGGAAGCUGGUGUUCAAACCGUGGGAUCAACGGAAGGAACGGGACAAGUAUGUCGAGAGCGACGCAGAUGAAGAGCUGCUGUUCAACAUCCCUUUUACCGGCAGCGUGAAGCUGAAAGGCAUCAUCAUCUCUGGAGAGGAUGACGACUCUCAUCCGGCUGAGAUUCGACUGUACAAGAACAUCCCACAGAUGUCGUUCGACGACACCGGCAGAGAACCCGAACAAGCCUUCAGGCUCAACAGAGACCCCUUAGCUGAGCUGGAGUAUCCAACAAAGAUCGCUCGUUUUUCCAGUGUCCAGCACCUCUCCAUCCACAUCUCAAAGAACUUUGGAUCAGAGAGCACCAGGGUCUACUACAUCGGCCUGAGGGGAGAAUUCUCGGAGGCCUACAGACACGAAGUGACGAUCUGUAGCUACGAGGCGACGGCGAACCCUGCGGAUCACAAAGUGGAGAGCAUCAUCCCGCAAACCAACUUCAUUUCCUGAGAGUCUGGAGGAGGAAGAAGAAGGAGGAGGUGGAGCGAGAGCAGGAAGAGGAGGAAAGAGGAGAGGUUUCAACGGUGUCUGCUUGACAGGUGUCCAAGAAGUCAAAGAUGAGUCCAAUGCUGCGUACCGGCAGGUUGGUUGAGCUCGACCAGGACUGAGCACGGAAAAUCUGGAGACCAGAGAGCUUCAGAUGUGUCUGGAAGUGCCAAGUUGUUGCUCUGUGUUGUGUGACGAUAAAGCGUGAAGGCUUAAUGUGGGCAAAAAGCUUAAUAAUAAUAAUAAUAAUAAACGCAUGAAACAUUUCACACUUAGUAUGUAUGAUCCUGUAUACUCUGAUUCAUGUCUAAUGAUCUCCAGCACUUCAAUAAACUGACAGCUACUCUUAAAUAAAACGCUGAAGGCUGCAAAUAAAUCAA